AGUGUUCGCUAUAACGAAGUUGAAUCGGUAAUGGGCACUUAUUGUCCCUUUGUUGGUUAUUUGGGGAACAACGGCAAGGGAGGAAACAAUUCAGGAAGAAAGAAAGAAUGGUUCUUACUGCUAAAGCGUGAAAUGAUGGGUGAAACUCCUUGCCCGGCGGAUUGUAUUUAAAUGCAUCUGAAACCACUGGCCAUCCAUCAGUCUUUACACCACCGCUUCCAUUUCCACCCCAAGAACUCUCAAGAUGAAUAUUUCUGUGAUUGCCUUCUUCCUUGCUUUGUGCUUCGCUGCAGUGAUGGCGGGUGUCACUCGAUACGGUUUCAGUAACGCUGGCUUCCAACCUGGUGGCGGUAUUGCUAGCACUGGACACGGCUACGGAGGCGGCUACAACACAUUCGGAACUAAUGUUUAUUACGGCGGCGGAGUCGGUGGAGCCUUCGCAAGCUCUAGCCAUUACGGGCGCUAGGAAUUGAAGAUGGUACCAGCUCGCUUCCGUUCUCAAUAGAGAAACAAAUGAGUGCUGAACUUUUCGCCUUGGGACUGCUGUAUUACAUUUUGUAACUUUUGUCUGUAGAGAAUAGGUCUCUAGGAAUCUUUGACGGAAUAAACCGAGACAUUUUUUUCCUACGAACUACAUUGUUUUGUUUUGUUAUUCGUCGUCUGCUUACGUUGCCGAAUCGACGGCUAUCUUUAGCAUGUUCCGCCUGUUCGAACGAAAACAAACGUUUGGAAUUCGCAUCGAUUCAACGGCUCCCAUCAUUCUAUCUCAUACCUCACGAGGUGGUGGGUUUGUAGAGAACAAUUCCGAUAUCUAGAAAUGGUCGUUUUUAGCCGAUUUACUGCAUUGACAUCUGGAACAACAACUGUUGUUGAAAUCCCAUCUGACUAUGGGUAUGUUGUAUUAACUGGAAUUGCAUCAGCAUGUCUCUUAACCUGGCAAUCAAUUCAGGUAGGCCAAAUGAGGAAAAAGUUUGGCAUCCACUACCCAACCAUGUACAGUCAAGAAACAAGUGGUGAUGGGCACCUAUUCAACUGCUACCAGAGAGCUCAUCAAAACACGUUGGAGAGCUACCCCAUAUUUUUAAUGCUUUUAUUUACUGGAGGACUUCAAUACCCCAUUCCAUCAGCACUAGGAGGUGCUGUAUGGAUUGCUGGUAAAGUUGCAUACUCUCAAGGGUAUUACACAGGAGAUCCGAAGAAUCGCAUGCGUGGCUCUUUCGGUUAUCUGGGACUUAUCGUACUUUUGGGUUCAUCAAGCCUGUUUGGAGCCAAACUGCUUGGAUGUUACAGGAUGGCCGCCUAUUCCAGAUAUAGCACGUUUGCCUCAUUUUCGGACUUGGGUCCUCUUGUUGAAAUUAAACCUGACUACGGAUAUGUUAUACUAGUAGGAGUUGCAUCUGGUUUUCUCAUAUCGUGGCAGGCAGUUCAGGUUGGAAAAAUGAGAAAAAAGACCGGUAUAAAUUAUCCUAUCAUGUACAGCCAAGAUACUACUGGUGACGGACAUCUAUUCAACUGCUAUCAAAGAGUUCAUCAAAAUACGUUGGAAGGGUAUCCCCUUUUUCUGAUGCUGCUCUUCACCGGAGGAUUGGAGCAUCCCAUUCCGUCGGCUCUUGGAGGUGCUUUGUGGAUUGCUGGAAAAAUUACUUACUCUUUAGGAUAUUACACAGGAGACCCCAAAAAACGUGUCCGUGGCGCAUUUGGAAAUUUGGCACUUUUGACGUUGACAGGAUCGUCAAUUGCAUUAGCUGCGAGACUUUUGAGAUGGCUCUGAAAUUACAUCAUAACUGAAAUUCAGAUGUCCCGAUGCAUUAGUCCAAGGUUUGGUUACGGAAUGUAAUUACACUUUCUGUUUUAAACCAGCUGUUUCUUCAAGUGCAAAACAGGAAAUCUGCAAUUUGUGUACAAUUUUUGUGGUUUUCGAAAGGAUGGAUGCGUAGUUAGCUGAGAACGUUUUUCCACGUUUUUUUUUCUUUUGUUUUAUUCGGAUAGCCAAUAGCAGUCGACGGGCUUCAAGGAGAUAGGUUCGGAUGCGAUAAUAAACGUUGGUUUUGCU